AACCACUUAGUAUUUGUAAAUUGAAUUUAACAAAAAGUGCAAUCGUGAAUAAUAGUAUUGGACACUGAUGUCUUAAUCGAGGGUUGAAACUUGUUUCUUCUAUGAUUGAAAAGCGGCGCACCGUUUUAAUACUGCGUGAUCUUUACAUUCAAACCAUUGCAGUAGAGGCAGAGCCGUGAAUGUUAGGCGUGACUGUCUAAUCCAACUAAAUAGAGGGAAUAGAAAUAGGCGACAAGCAGUACUUGGUUUAAAACGAAAGUAGCGAUGUAACUGUAACCUCGAAGCCGUGUCUUUUAAGCUUAGCAAUAUAUUAUGUUACAGUUGCUUAACGUGUUUACUGAGCUGAUUUCGCGUUUACUGCAGAAACGGGGAGCGUCGAUAGUGUUAUUCUACCGCCUCACGGAAGGUUUCGAGGAAUGCACAGCUAAAACCGUUUCACCUGGACAAUACUUGGACAUCUUUCAUUUAAUUUUUCCUGUUAAGAACCAAAGUAUAGAUGCUGUACGAAAACACAGCUGUAGAUUCCGCGUGUGUCGAAGCGAUCAGCGUAUGUACAAUUAGGAGGAAUCGAGAUACCAAUAUACAAAAGACAAUUUGUUCUCAAGAUAUUAACUAAACAUAUUUUCGCGUCACGAGUAUCACCGGGUGCUACUUUGAGUGGAUGUUUUUUUUAGCCAAAUGCCCUAUUGUUGACCAAUUCAGUAUAAACCGAUUUUCUGUUCAUUGGAUUUGCUGUUGCAGCAAGUGACGUUACAUCCAGCCUUUAAAACUACAUCUUCACUGGAAGGGAGAGAAAUAAUACUACCGCUACUCCAGAGUAUAAAAUACAGAGGAAGGUCCACUACUGAGCUGUCAGCUGAACAGCUCCACGCGUGGCAUUCAGAAUAAGGGAGAAAGCCGUCCCAUCCUCCCGCACCUGCGCCGCCUCGUGUCCACGUGGCGGGGGAUGCCUGGGCGCUGACGCUCACAGCCAAGCGCUCUGAGAGGUGUAAGCGUCGCUCUCGCAGCAGUACAGACCGGCAUGGACAAUUACGAGCUGAGAUCGGCCGCCAGCAUCCUGGCCUCGGUCAAAGAGCAGGAGGCUCGUUUUGAGCGCCUGACCCGUGCCCUGGAGGAGGAGUGCCACAGCCUGGCCCUGCGGCCCACGGCCAGCAGCCAGCCCCUGGCCUGGCAGCAGGUGAUCAUGCAGGAGCAGAGUCCGGGGGAGCGGCUUUCUUUGACAAUGAUGCCGGAGCCAGAAGAGCUACAGGAAGCUACCGUGGGUGUGACGGAGGAGCAGGACCCAGGCACACCCACAUCCCGCAUGUCAGCGGGGACCGUGGACCAUACCGAGGCCAAGGACACUAAGCCGGGGAAGAUGACACCCUCAUGCACGGGCCGGCCCCCAGUCCUGGGCCCGGAUGGCCUGCCCCUCCCCGAUAGUCCCCCACCGGCGGGCAGCUACACCGACUCCAUCGACCGGCACAACGUGAAGAACAGCAACCCCCAUGCCAUGGCCCAGGCCUCCACGCUUACCCGCUCCUUGAACAGCUACAACUGUUCCUUCGGCGAGAGUCCAGAGCGACAGCCCCUCCAGCAGGGGGCGGGCGACCCCUACGGCACCCUAACUCUGGGGGCGGCCUACCGCUUGCACCCACCCUACACUCCUGCUGCUGCCUAUAUGCUGCCCCACCACCUGGAUAGCUUUGGCCUCGUGGCCCAGCCUCAGGCCCCCGUGGAGCCGGGCCGGUCCCCUCCGGAGCAGUACGGGCUGGAGAGUGAUCGCAUCAGUUUGGGCCCCGAGGAGGAGGCCGUCUACGGUCUGGAGCCCGACUACGCCACUGCUUCCCGGCGCACGCUGAGCGCCGCCGACCGGGGCAGGCCUACACGUGAACCAAUCAGAGAACCUCUUCACGUCCGGGGGGUGUUUGAGGACCACAUUGAGGCUGAACUGAUAGAAGGGCGACACCCUUACAUCCAUGAUGCGUACGCAGCACCCCUGGUGGUGGGGUUAGAGCACACGGCUGGCCCCCGCUCCCCCUGCUUGGACAGUGUCCGGAAAGACCCUCGCUGGCGUGACCCUGACCUUCCCGAGGUCAUCGGCAUGCUGGGUCACCCCGUGGACCCGGUGAAGUCCAACGCGGCUGCUUAUCUGCAGCACCUGUGCUAUGAGAACGACCGCAUCAAGAGGGACGUGCGGCAGCUGAAGGGGGUCCCGCUGCUGGUGGGCCUGCUGGACCACCCCCGGGCCGAGGUCCACCGCAAGGCCUGCGGAGCCCUGCGCAACAUCUCCUACGGCAGGGACCACCAGAACAAGGUGGCCAUCCGCAACUGCGACGGCAUCCCGGCGCUGGUGAGACUGCUGAGGAAGACGGGCGACAUGGAGGUGCGGGAGCUGGUUACAGGAACGCUGUGGAAUUUGUCUUCCUAUGAGCCCCUGAAGAUGGUCAUCAUCAACCACGGUCUGCAGACCCUCACCAGUGAGGUCAUCAUCCCCCACUCAGGCUGGGGCCGGGACCCCAGUGAGGAGUCCAAACCCCGGGACGUGGAAUGGACCACGGUAUUCAAAAACACGUCAGGAUGUCUAAGGAAUGUGAGCUCGGAUGGCGCGGAAGCCCGGCGCAGGCUGCGGGAGUGCGAUGGCCUGGUGGACGCACUGCUCUUCACCCUGCAAUCCGCCAUUAACAAAAAGGACACUGACAACAAGUCAGUGGAGAACUGUGUGUGCAUCCUACGCAACCUAUCGUACCACGUGCACAAAGAGGUCCCGGAAGCCGAGAAGUACCAGGACUCCAUGGCGGGCCUGAAGCCGGGCGCGGCAGCGUCCCAGAAGAAGAAGAAGAAGGACGAUGCCGGCUGCUUCGGGGGCAAGAAGGUCAAAGACUGGUUUAAUCACGGAUGGAAAAAUGGAGAGAGCAAAAGGGCCUAUGACUCCUUGGAUCUGCCCAAACGCACAGAGCCCAUUAAAGGAUUCCAGCUGCUGUACCAGCCUGAGGUGGUCAGGCUGUACCUGUCCCUCCUCACCGAAAGCCAAAACUACAACACCCUAGAGGCGGCCGCGGGGGCCUUGCAGAACCUCGCUGCAGGACACUGGACUUGGUCCAGGUACAUCCGGGCUACAGUGCGUAAGGAGAAGGGUCUGCCUGUGCUGGUGGAGCUGCUGCGCUCCCACGCCGACACUGUGGUCAGGGCUGUGGCCAUUGCCCUGCGCAACCUGGCCAUCGAUCACCGCAACAAGGACCUCAUAGGGAGCUACGCUCUGAGAGACCUGGUCAGCAACCUGCCCAGCGGGCAGCAGCGGCCGGCCAAGAACCUGGAGGAGGACACGGUGGUGGCCAUCCUCAACACUCUGCAUGAGAUCGUGACGGGGAGCUCUGAGAACGCCCGCUCCCUCAUCCAGGCACAGGCCGUACAGAAGCUAGUGGCCAUCAACAGGACCAGUCAGUCGCCGCGGGAAACCAAGGCGGCGUCUCAUGUGCUGCAGACAGUGUGGAGUUACAAGGAGCUGAAAAACGUCCUCAGCAGGGAUGGCUGGAAUAAGAGCCACUUCCAGCCCACAGCGUCAGCACUACCCAAAGGAACCAGGAACGGCAAGGCCAGCAACGACGACACCACGCUCCCAUUGAUGGAGAGGAGCCAAGAGAUCUAUUCCACCACGGAUCCAAGGGACCAUGAGUGCAGGUACAGGACAGGGGAUGUGCAGGCCGGCACUGUGGAACGGGACACGGUUAAGAAUGACUCAAACAGGAAGUUCUUUAUCAGGACUCAUAAGCCAUCAGUGAAUCUGGUGGAUGGCUGUGACCUAAAACCACAGCCUGUUGACUCCUGGGUGUAAAUCAGUAAUGGCUUUGUGAAGGGUCACGUGACAUCUCCUCAGAGCGGACAGGAUGGUCAGCAUCGCCACUGCUGUUGGUGACACUGUCUGCAACCUGAUUUGUUUUUUAUUAACCGAACUCUGACCUUACGGCAGCCAAAGUGGACGGUACUGCAGGCUUCUGCUGCAAAAACCUACAUUCCCAGGUGCACUGUGAAGCUCGCCUCCACUGUGGGGUCCUUCAUUGGUCAGGAUUAAAGUGGCACUAUAACAGAAACAAACAGCUCUGCUGAAUGAAAAGGACUGACAAAAUAACAGUGUAUUUGUGUAUAAAAUCAAAAAACAUUUUGUUAUUGUUUGGAUUAGUGUAUUUUGUCUUUCUACGCAGCAGAGUGAAAUCCUUUUUAUGUAUCUUUUGUUUUGAUUUACAGGAAUUGCUGUGCAGAUGUUUUCUUUUCGUAAUGUAAUUUUCUAGGAACAUCUGAAUGCUCAGCGUAAUGAUGGAUGUAGGGGCGAGGAACUUUGUUUGAACAGUAAUCCAGAAAACCACUGGGGUGUCUGAAACAGCUUUAGAAGGGGAAACACUUGAGUAAAUACAUGCUGACUAAAAUAAGCUUUGCAUAAAGUGUUGCACAAGAUUUUUUUUUUUUUCUUUUGCAGUGUUGACUUUCCUGGCGCAGAACUUGUAGGUGAAUUAAUAAACCAAAGCCAGUGCCGCCUGGUGGACGCUUAGGGGAUGACACCAGGAGUGUGGUGAUGUCACUGGCGUUAUGCCCUUUCAGGUGCCCAUAAAUACAUAGCGUUGCAGAAAAUCGCGCAGGUAGAAGUGUAAAUGACUUUAAUCGCUUGUGCUCGGUCUUCUGUGUUUUGUGUUAUGGGACAGAAGUUUUUGUCCCGUGCUUUUCUAGUUUCUUUUGAAAUGAGAUAAUAUGACGACAAAAGUAAAAUAUAUGUGCAUUAAGGGUUUUAUGUGCGGAAAGGCUGGAGCAAUGGUGAAACUACUACAGCAAAACCUCUAAACAAGUUAUAUUUAUCUAAAUUGUAUUAUUGUAUAUAUACUGUAUCGAUUUGUAAGUAAUGAGGGAAAAAAAUCUAAAGUUUAGCUUAGCUGAGUGGUUUUUCUUAACUGGUGAAGGAACUGUGUUGGAAAGACAAGACAACCAGCAUUUUUGUAUAAAACAAGUUUUUUUUAAAAAAAAAAAAAACAAGCUCAUCAGCAAAACGUCUGUAGAAUGUGGAACCGUUUCAAAUGGGAGUCUAUUUUUAAUAUGGCGAUAGGAAGAAAGCUGAUCGUUGCUCACUGCUGUGUUUUCGAAGGAGGAACUCGAAACACAAAAACUUUUUAAAGCGAAGGCCCAGCUCUGCUAGGGGACGCUGUGGAGAAAGCAGGGAGGUGAUCAGCAAGACUUACGAGAGACUUAGAAGACUGUGAGAAUAUGCUUCUUUUCAGCAGGGACAGACACGAUGGAAACUGAUCUGUUUCAUUGUACACCUGUACGACGUUGCCCUUAUGUCUCCGAUGCAUCAUUCUAAAUAUUCUUAGCAAGCAUGAGAAGAAAAAAAAAAAACUGUACUUUGACACAGUGUUUUAUAAUGUUCUUUUUACAUGCCUGUUUUUUUUUUUUUUAAUGUUUGCUGUGCAUUUAGUUGCUUACAGUCAAAGACAGUUGUGUUUGAUUUGAGACAGAGUUGCGGUGUCUUAAAAUAAAACGUCUUUUCCCCCUCUUUCCUUAAACAUUUGGCUGGCAGUGGAGCUGCCAGACUUUCAGUUUUGUCGAACACAUGGGGACGUGCUGGCGGCUGUGGUGCUGUGGGUUGGUGACCCUGUGCCACUACAGGCUGUGGCUGGCUGUGAAGCUCGCUGCAGGUUCGGCUCAGGGCCCGCAGUGCAUUUGUGUGACAGGCUACCCUGAAGCCUGCAGCUCCCACACGAAACGUCCAAGGAAGCGUGUAUCACUUUAGGAGACGAGAUGGGAAUUUUAUCAAUACUGUACAUAGCAGUAGGUUAGCGCCGUGCAGUCCAUGCGGACUCUUCACUUAGCCGCAGUAUUGCUUUCACACAAGAGGAAUUUGGCGUGUAUGAAACAAAAAGAACCUUCUGAUUAUCGAUGCCUAUAUAACAUGGAAAUGGUGCCAGAAAUUAAAAAUAUAGGGGUCAGGUGCUGUUUGUGGAUUUUAAAAUCAUUGAAAAUAUUCUAAAUGACUCUUAGUUGCAGCUGUGUUCGUCACAAUCAGGUGCCUUAAAGCCAUUCGUAGUGUAAUGACUUGAAACCACAGAAUAAGGGUAACAUAUAUGUACAUAUACCUAUGCUAAUUAUUCCCAUCCUCCCAUUCGUGUCUGUUAUCUCCCUUUGUUUUCAUUUUAGUCAGAUCUUCUUGCUAUGACACUGUACUAUACGGUUAAAAAACAAACGUAACUUUACUCUUUUAGACUAAUAUAUUGUGUAACAUGUCAGUGUCUCACUGGUUUAAAAUAAGAUGUUACACUUACAAAAUGUACUGUGUCGCUAAUAUUCUAAAGAAAGAAUUUAAGCUGUAUAAGGAAUCUGUAAGUUUGUAGAGGAUAAAAAGGCGGAUGUUUUUUUCCAAUAAAUAUAAUCUUGAAUACCA